AUGCCGGGAAAGUACUCUCACAGCGUCGCCUUGGCUGACUAUUCCAACCGUGGGCUCGACUAUCUACCCGAUGAUCUAUACUUAGAUCAUCCACGGUCCCUCCGAAGUCCUUCGCCUGUCAAUGGGCCACAGACCGUGAGCCCGAUCUCUCCUGUGACACCUGGGGUAGGCCCAGGUGCAACCUUAUCAUCUGCCUCGAGGUCGUACUUUCCCCAUGGACAGGGUUCUUCCAGAAAUACCAAAAGACAGUCCAUCAAUGGUGAUAUGCCCGGUCGGAGGCAGGAUCACGCUCGGAUACCACCGCCACGACGACUGGUUCUGGACUGGGAGGAGGGAACCCAUGGCUCUGCCACAAACAUCAAGGAAUCUCAGUGUGUUCGAUCAACUUCAGUGCAGCCUCGCCUCUCAACGAAUCUCCGCGCAUCCACGUCAUUCGAUGCCUACACUGAGAAGGAGGUGUAUCAUCCUCAAUUAGCAUCGCGGGUUUCAAACGACGAUGCUGCCAGACAGACAAUGCUCUCCAAACCGGUAGAGAGUGCAUCUCGACCUAGAAACCGGAAGUAUCAACCCAGAGACGAUGUCGAAAACUUCCAACUGUUCAAGGAUCGGGGCAUCCCUCUUUCACCAGCCCUUAGCCAUCAUGGGGAACCUCUUCUCUCUGUUCAAGAGUUCCUCAAUGCUUCCUCCAUGGCGAGAGAAGCGAAUGGGACAUCCAAACAAGGUCAAUUCGUAUCGAGUUCUCCCACCUCCUAUAGAGGCAGACAGUUGCCUCAAAGCCCUUCGUUGCAAGGGAAGGGAGGCAACAGAAGCCUCGCAUCGUUGAAGAGGCCCUCGAUCCGUUCACUAAGGCAUGACGGUGGGAUCAGUUUUGAGGGGUCAUCAGACGAAGAUGAUGAUGUGGCACAGACCACACCGGCCAUCACAACAUGGAAAUUGAGCCCGAAUCCUACAAUCUGGGCAGACGAAAGUUUCCGGAGACGAAAGAUCAUGGAUCUUACGCAGGAGCUCCAUAUUCUAUCUACGCAAGGCGCUCGAAAAUCCGGGCCAGAACAGAAGUCACGUCAACAGCGAACCGAAACUAGGGGCAGACAACCGCGAAUCAAGCACACCACCACCAUGUCGGAUUUUGAGGACAGCGAACUCAGCGAGCUUGACGGACUCGAAAUACGUCCUACUCAAAGGUUUCCGAGCCUCUCCAGGCGUCGUUCGACGGAUCGUGAUGGGACGUCGCGGGAACAGGAAUAUAUCCCUACCCGGUCAGACGGUCCACUGAGCCCUGUCACUCCUCAUUCAGCACGGUCCUUUGAUCCUACAGUACAGGACAUACAUGUCUCAAAAGCCAAGGCAAAUGCUCCCAGUUUCUCCUACAAUGGGCAUUCCGAUAGAGACUACUUUUCUGGAACCUCACCCAGGAAGUCGCAUACGCCCGGACGACCCUAUCGCAACGUUGGCGAAGACAGCCGGAAGCAUGAACCACGGGGAAAUGGAGCGCUAAAUUCGUCUCUGACCAGCGGUACGACGAUGAUGGCUAGUCAGGGGUACCACGGACGAAGCAACAGCAUGUCGGCUGCCGAUGCCCUUGGAGGACGCUCUCAAGGUCUACAUACGAUACCCUCGCAGCACCGUCGACAAACUCUCGCAUUGAGACCUUCGAUCUCGACGGCAGUGGCCUCUGAUAUAGGGACCAGACCACGACCUGGUCAAGGAACAUCGGCAUCAUCAUCGGCUGCAAGACGUGGUAGUUCCACCCCAGCCUUCGGUGUACCGAGUAUCGUGCGCAAUCCCGAGAAGAUAGCCGCAAUCAACGCAGAGACACGCAGACGCUCGGGCGCCCAACCCCGAACAAACACGACGUCUAUUGCACCGUCGCAAUUCCCUGGAAAUGCUCCCUCGCUCCAAGAACGGCAGAGAAGUCGCCAUAGUCUAUCGCUGGUAAGGGGCAGACACGCCAGUUUAUCGGAUCUGGCAGGAAGCUGGGGCCGUGACAUGAAGAGCCGCUUCGAUGCUAGAUUGGCGAAAGAGCGACCGCCUACAGAAGCGAAGCCAAAUAUAGAGGAUGCAGAGACAGCAAAUAGGACUGCGGCGACAAAGGCCGAACAACCCCAACAAACGACUUCCAGACUGUCGCGCCCUCAGACGUCCAAGCCGGCCCGUAUCCGAUCGGCCAGUUUGAGUGCUCAGUCCUUUGGACACUCAUCGAUGGACCCACCAAACCCUCGCGCUCGUCUCGCCCCUGAGGGGGAUCAUAUGUUCGACCUCGCUGCGAGUCCCCCGGACACUUGGACUGGAGGGGACUUCGGCGUACCAGCGGAAACAAUUGAAUCGCAUGCACCAGGUCGGACGCUCAGUCUUCAUCAAGGCAUGGUCGAAAGCAAGAUCUUCUAUCCAGACGACAACGACAUCGUAUUCAGAAGACAUGAACGGAAUAAUGACGAUAACGAUAACGACAACGACAAUGAUAUCGACGACGACGAUAUACUAAAUCAUAACGCAGCGCUUCCUCCACCGGAUAUCUCGCGCUACCGUGCCCCCUCUUCCACCAGGCUGAGAAGGAGUCUUGAAGAGGAGGAAGACCGAGUCAUGACGAUUUUCCGCGUCCUACAGGACGGUCCGGAUCCGUACAUUUCCAGGCGUGCCGAGCGAGGCAAAGUUGAAACGGAAUCGCAAACCGAGAAAGGAGGGGAUCAACCUCACAUCAGACCCCAGAUGUCGAUGACCUACAAGACAGGCCGGGGCAGCAUAAGCAGGAGCAGCAAUAUGAGCGGAACCGGGAGCGGGCACGGAGGGAGACGGAAAAGCUUCCUCGGAAGGAUCAUGGGGCGAAGGGCGUUUUCUGGGACACAGGUGGACGCUGUCUAUUGA